GGUGUUUCAGUUCCAAGAGCUUCAACGUUAGUGCAGACAUCAACGUGCUCUAGAAAAUGCCCGGGAUCUUUUUUUCUCAUCCUAAUGCUCUGAAAGAAGCUGACAACAAACCUGGCGAAGUUAUGGCUCAAAAAAAGAAAAAUUUUGCUGUGGAUCUUAAAAACUGCUUGAAAUCUAUGCUGCCCCAUCUGGAGACAAUUAAACCAUCAUCUUCAUCGUCAGAUACAGAGAAAAAUAAGCUUACCCCCAAUGAGAUUAUUCAGUGGACGAUGUCUCUGGAAAAACUCCUUGUAAGCGAAGAAGGACAGGCUGUCUUCAAAGAGUUUUUGAAGUCUGAGUUCAGCGAGGAAAACAUUGAGUUCUGGCUGGCCUGUGAAGACUACAAGGCUACCAACGAUUCAGAGGAAUUGCGUUGCAAAGCUAACGUUAUAUACCAAGAAUUCAUACAACCGAAUGCAUACAAACAAAUUAAUAUUGAUUUUUCUACCAGAAAUUCAGUUACUAAAGAUCUCCUUGAACCCACAAUAACAACAUUUAAUGACGCUCAGAAAAUGAUAUUCGUUCUCAUGGAAAGAGACUCAUACCCAAGAUUUCUAAAAUCAGAAAUAUUUUUCAGACUUGCAGAAAGGCACCAUGGAAAUAAUGUGAGAGGAUAAUAAGGCUAUAUGUACAUAAACACACACAUAUAUAUAUUACUUCCCAUAAGGCAAUUCUUUGGAGAAUAACCUUCAGGUGGACCAAGAGACUUCUCAGGUGUCUUACUGGUACCAAGAAGAGGAGCAAAAACUGCUCUCCUGAGAGCUGGCACUAGGACCAUGAAGACAGUAGUUUGAAAAAAGAAGAUAAAGCUUGUAUACCAAGUUCCUGCUAGAAGAACAGAGAAGCUGGUUUUAUAGAGAAGUAUCACAAGGAAGUUUCAGUUGUCAAGCACAAAACAGGAACAAACAUUUAUAUAUAAAUUUACUUAAGAGUAAAACAUUUGUUAUAUUUCUUUAUUCUAAACAAAUGAAUUUCACGUUGACACAAUGGAUUCUGUAAUGUGAGGUUUGCUACUGUGAAUGUGUACUUUUGUUAAAUAACGUAUUUUGGUAUAGCAGACAAUUGUCUAGUUUAUUGAGAAGGUGAUGGAUUUCUAUUUUCCUUGUAUUUUUCAUCGUGAUAUUUGUAAACAUGUUUAUGUGUCUUAUUUUAAAGAGAGGCUUUUGUUCCAAUAUUUUAUGUAUUUAUUAAUAUUUGUUGUACGUCCUAUUUAUGUUUCCAUAAAUAAGCUGUUGGAAUUUUUUACAAGAUAGAACAAAACAAUAAAAACAUAACUUUAUUUACC